AAAGACCCUUCAAACGUAGUGUAUUUGAUCAUUCCUUUCGAUAAGGAGAAGAAAUUGAAAUACAUUCCGACCAAUAGUUUCGAGAGAUACAAAAGUACCCUAAAACCCUAGCCGCACCCGUUGCUUUUCACGUACUGCUUCAUCAAUCGACAGAUUCUCCAGGUGUCUCUCCUUCAUCGAUUGAAGUAUGGCUUAGCGUCUUCACCGAUCGAUUUCUUCCUCUUGACUCCUUCUCUGCAGGUGGUCAAACCUGAGAGCAUUACAUUCUAAUUCCUUUGACAGAUUACAUUCCAUCCAAAAACAUUCUGCAAACACCACCUCACUAUCCAGACGAGGACGGAGGAUCUCCCCCACUUUCCAAAUGCUAACUCGUCUACUCAUAAGACCCUCAAGCCUCCGUUUCGUAGCCCUAAAUUCAUCAUAUCAAUCUCACCACAAGCAUCACCAUCCUUCUCUGAUUCAAAGCCCUUGCUCCUCUUCAUUCUUUUCAAGCAUCUCACGCUUUUUUUCGACCAACAACAAUAAUGGUAGUAAAUCAUCAGAUUUGUGGAAGAUUUCAACGGAAAAUGAAGAAAGCAUCGAAUCUGUGUUUGGUGAAGUUACCAAGAGCCUUGAAGAUUUCGUUGGUGGUGGGGAUGCAGUAAAAAAUCAUAAGGAAGAGGAGUCUUGGUUCAGUAGCGAAUGGAAGGAGAAAGGAGGGGGCAAUGAUGUAGAACAUGAUAUAUUCAAAGUGAUAGAGAGUGAGGGUAAAAGGACUGAGGCGAGUCGUGUUAAUGAUAAGUGGGGGACAGGGGAAGGAUUUACAGAUUGGAAAUUUGGGGUGGGAGAUCAGAAGGAUGGUGGAGAAGCUGAAAUAUUUGAUAUUGGGGAUGCAGGAGUUUCGGAAUCGGCUGGGCUUGAUGGCGAUGUAAAAUUGGAAAGUCAAAAUAAAGAAGAAGAUAGAUUCCUGGAGAUCGAGGAGAAAGCUCUAUCAGAGGUACUCAAAGGUGGUCCAGAUCACGCAUUUGGCGACCUAAUUGCUGCAUCGGGAAUCACGGAUGAGAUGUUGGAAAGUUUAAUGGCCCUCAAGGACCUAGAUGACGUUCCAGGAUUACCCCCACUAAGCGAAAUUGAGGAGAUGCGGUAUGAAAAGAAUACCAGCAAGUCCACCAGAGCUGACAUAGAGCGACAGAAGCAAGAGGAAAUUACCAAAUCACGUGUUAGACAGGUUGAUAGUCAGGGUAGGGCUUAUGGCACGGGGAAAAGGAAAUGUAGCAUUGCCCGUGUCUGGGUUGAACCUGGCGAUGGUAAAUUUGUCAUUAAUGACAAACAAUUUGAUGUCUAUUUCCCCAUGCUUGAUCAACGGGCUGCUCUUCUUCGUCCUCUUUCAGAGACAAAAACGUUGGGUCUUCUCAAUGUCAAUUGUACUGUCAAAGGAGGUGGCGUGUCAGGUCAAAUUGGUGCAAUCCGUCUUGGUAUGAGCAGGGCGUUGCAAAACUGGGCACCUGAUCAAUUCCGUCCUCCUUUGAAACAAGCUGGUUUCUUGACAAGAGAUUCGAGAGUCGUGGAAAGAAAGAAACCUGGAAAGGCGAAAGCAAGAAAGAGCUUCCAAUGGGUCAAGCGUUGAGGUUUUUUUCUUCUUCACAAAGGGGAUUACUUUGUUUCAUGAUGGUUAGUUAACAUACGAUAUCGAUAACAUUAUCAUUAUCAUAUCAUCACCUUUUUGAACUGUGUGUUAUCUCUACCAAUUUUAGAGCUUGGUUAUCGAGUUAGAGCGCGAUUAAAGUAGUUACCUGGUUUUUAGAGUUUUUCUGUUUGCAUUAUAAGUCAUGUAACGGCAGAAUUAAUAAAUUUGUUAUUGGAUUAAUAUAGUGUUUCAAUUGCAUUUA